AUGAGUGAUCAAGAACAGCAACUUACCGAUAAAAUUAUCUCGCCUGAAAAUCUUGAAGUUAUUUCUAAAGAUGAUAAUAAUGAAAAACGACAGGAAACGGAGAAAAAUCCUAGUGAACAACGUUCAACACAACGAAUAACAAUGCCACAAGAUGUUCGUUAUUCAAUAGAACAAAAUGAUCGUGACAAACUAAUGGAAAAAUAUACUAAUUAUCAAAUAUCAGAUAUAAAUGCGUGUAAUAUACGAUUUUUAAUUGAUAGUCAACAGAAAAAAGAUUUAUUUGGUGAAAAUGAUGAAGAAAAUUCUAAUUUACAGGCAUUUGGUAAAAUAUUUCAUGUAAAUAUAUUUUCUGGUUAUCAAAAUACGAGCAAACAUUCCUAUAAAAUAUUUGGUACUGAAGCUAAUGUUCGAAAAUGUCUUGUAGAAAUAAUGAAUCGAAUAUUUAAACAAUCUAAUCGAUCAAUACAACAUGAUUAUAAUAAAACUAAUAAUGAAGAAAAACUUCAAAUAGCAGAACCUUCGACUCGUGAUUCAUGUAUUACCGAAGAAACGAACUCAUUAGGAUCGACGAGUAAAACAACUGAAGAAAUAGAAGUUUCAACAGAAAACAAAAAUGUUGAUGAUGAAUUAUCUAAAAAUUUAGCAUCGACAUGUAUGAUAACAACUAAUCCUGAUUUAUCAGCUGUUGACGAGAAAGAAACUGGUAAUUCAAACACACGAAAUAUAAAUGAAGAAAAAAGUAAUAUUAAUAUUGAACCAGAACAAUUGAAAUUUAUGCAACUUCAACUAAACUCUCAAUUUACAUUUAUUUUACUGAUUUCAAAUCAAGGACAAGAAGUUCUUAAAAAAAAUUGGAACUUUUUUGCUGAAUCAUUACAACAACGUUUGAAUGUUGUCGUUAUAAAUCCUGUUAAAUUACAAAAAUUUGGUGAUAAACAAAUUCAGAAUGAACUUCCAAUAAAUGGUGAAUCAAUUGAAAAUGUAACUGAUGCUUUUUUACAAAUCACUGCUUUUAUCAAUGAUAUUCUCCGAGUUCCAGUUCGACCAUACAAACCUGCUCAAGAACUAACAGGUCAUAGUUCACAUCAAAAAAAUGGUUCAUAUCAAAAACAAUCACCAUCAUCAUAUAACAAUCAACAUGGACGAACAUUUUUUAAUCGUAAUCGUAAUGAUAUUUUCGAACAAGUAAUUCUCAUUCGACAUGAUUGUGUUUCACGUAUUGUUGGUACACGAGCUUCUAAUCUAAAACAUAUUCAAGCCAAAUGUCAUUUACAAGAUAUGAUUGUUGGUCGACAAGCAAAUGAAAAUGGUUAUGUUGAAUGUAUCUUAACUGCUUAUCAAAUACGAAAUCUUCAUUUUGCUAUUGAUACAAUACGUGAUUUCUUAAGAAGUGAAGAUGAUAGUGCUAUUUUAGUAAUCAAACCAAAUCAUGAUAAUAAUUCUUUACAAAAGUCACCUUAUUUACAUGAACUAGUUCCUCCUAAUAAUCCACAAUCAAAUGAAGGAACAGGUUUUACAAUAAAACCAUUCAAUUUUGAUAAUAACAAUGCAUAUCCUCAACCAUCUUAUAAUUUUCAAAAUCGACCAUCAUUUGAUUUUACUCAUCAGGCAACAUCAGCAUCACGUAAAACUGAUAAACGUCGUGGAGAAUUACAUGAUCAAAAUAAAACACCUACUGAAUCUCAAAAUUUACAAUAUGAAAAUAUUUCAUCGAAUUCACCGAGACAUAAAUCGAAACGUUCAUGUCCAGAAACAAAAGAAAUCGAUUGUAUAACAGAUGAUGGAUUUUGGAUACAGAAACAACAUUAUCAUGCAUUAGAUGAUGCAUCCAAACAAUUAUUUGAUUCAUUAAUUGAUAAAUUAGAUAAGAUUCGUAUUGCAAAAGAAGAAAAUGUUGUAAGAAAACAACAUCGUCAUGUUGGAAAAAAUCGAUCGAAUAAAUCGAAAAUUUCGAAUUCAUCCAUUUCAUAUUUUAAUGAAGAUAUUAAUCAUGAUGAAAAAAAUCUAACUAUUAAAGUUGAUCAAUUGAUUGAUGUAAAUGAAGAGAAAGAAAAUAAACAAGAAACAUCAACGACUGUAGUUAAUCAAGAUUAA